CUCUUCUUCAAUCCCCACAGGUUAGGUUCGAAUUGUCAGCACGGGCUGCUGAACGAUGCUCCUCGCAGCAUUUCUAUUAUUUCUUAUGAUACCAAUACGAUAUGUAUGGGCUUUGAACGUAACCUUUCCCUUCCCUCCAACGGCCGCUCAAAACAAUACCUUUCUUUGGACGCGAGAGCAGGGUGAUCCAGGGAAAGUCUGGUUGAGGAUUCAGAAGCUCGAUGAUGAUCAUGGUGCUACUCCAUGGUCUGGUGACAGUGAUAGUGCACAGUUGGACUUGACGAGUUUGACCGGAAGCGCUCAGAUUCAUCUCAACAGAGCAGGGCUGUUCAAUGUUGGGACUUUCGAGAUGGAGGACAACUCAAAUCAAGACAAAGGAAUGUCACCUAUCUCGAUUAAACAGGUGACCGUAUCCGUGAAUCCGACUUCUGCUGGCGCCAUCAGUGGGACGUCGCCGACCCCACCACCUGCAUCAGCCUCUUCUCCGGUUAGCAGUGGUCCACCAAAACAAAUGAAAUCAACUCAAAUGCCAUCGCACGAGAAAUAUGAAGCCAAGACACCCAACGUAGCCCUCAUCGUUGGCCUCACUCUCGGAUUCACGACUCUCCUCGCCAUAGCUGUGGCUGCCAUCUUGUACUUCCGUUACAGACGCCGAAGGAAGACCGAUACGACGCCUCCAAGUGUGACACCCUUUUCCGAUACCACGGUUUAUAACGUACCUACGGAUAUAGCGGAACGAAAGAGGCAGAUGAUUGCACAGAGAGAAGGCCUUGAAGGUCAGUCACAAGUGUAUGAACAAGCGCCUCAGACGUCUCCUGCCAACAAUCAAACUGUUGAUACCGGCCCAUUAAAUCGACGGGGAGACGACACCAUGCAAGAACUUCGUCAGCAGAUGGCCAUUGUAACGCAGAGAAUGGCGACUUUGGAGGCAGGACUGGAACCGCCGCCGGAUUACAGGUCUCAGGUAUAAUAACGGACACCACUGUGUACAUUACAGUUCGUCUAUAUCCCUAUCUAUAUUACUGGGCUUUCAGUACUUCA